UCUGUUGAGGCAGAGACGUACGUAUUGCAUUUGAUCUAAACCUGGAGAUGAGUAUACCCCCUUAAUCCUAACAGCGGAAGGUUUCCAGAUAUUACUACGCCAUUAGAGAUUAAUGAACUUCCGGCAGUCAUCUGCAGUUGACCUUUGAUGACCCCGGUUUGUGACACGAGACAAACAUAUCAAACUGACCACCUGGAGGGAAAUAACAACUAACCAUGCCUCUAGUAACACUAAUCUACCAGGUGAUCCGGUCUAAUGGGAAGUCCGCCGACGGUAAUCGUUACGUGUAUGACGAUAACAUCAUUGACAGACUGAGCCACUAUCAUACCAACAUGAUACUGAUGAUGUUUACGGCGAUGGUGGUCACGAAACAUUACGUUGGAUCAUCAAUUCAGUGUUUUUGUCCCACACAUUUUACUGCAACUGAAGUUAAAUACACCAAUAGAGUAUGCUGGGUUUCCAACACAUACUACAUCCCUUUUACGCGGGAAAUCCCGUCCAAUUAUGAAGUGCGCAUGUCAACAGAAAUUACGUACUACCAGUGGGUACCCGUGAUGCUGCUUUUGAUUGCGAUGGUUCUGAAGCUACCACGGCUUGUCUGGCGUCUUGGUCUUCAAAUGUCGGGAAUAGGCCUCAAAAACACUCUCAAGCUCACUCACCUUACCCAAGACCUUAGUCCAGAAGACCGAGAGAAGAGACUUCGAGCUCUGUCUAAAUAUAUCGGACGGUGGUCAAGUAGCAGCGCUGGCCAAUACCGGUCCGGAAUAUGUGGCCCUCUCCGGGAAAGGCUCGGGAAUUACUGUUUCCUUGGCUGCGGCCGCCAUUACGGAAACUAUGUAGUCAGUCUGGCUAUUGUUAUCAGAUCACUUUACUUUGUGAACAAUGUUGGAUUGUUGUUUUUCUUAAACGAAUUUCUCGGAAACAAAUUUUAUCUGUUUGGGUACGAAGUUAUCGCAUCUGUUCUAAAAGGCGAGGAAUGGGUGAUGUCGCCGCGAUUUCCGCUCGUAACUUUAUGUGACCUUGACCUUCGACAGAUGACGAAUGUCCAGAGAUGGACUCUUCAAUGUGUUCUGCCCGUUAACUUUUACAACGAGCGUUUUUUCGUAUUUUUGUGGUUCUGGUUCACAAUGCUUGCUGUCUUAAGUUUCAUUAACCUCAUCGCCCUUCUCUUUUCCACAGUUGUCCCGCAAAACAGGGAAAGCUUCAUAAAGAAAUAUUUGUUACUGAAUAACUUGGAUCAGUGGGAAAAUAAAAGCGCUUUUCCAAAAUUAAUUACCAAAUUUGUUGGUGGUUUUCUGAAACCAGACGGGGUUUAUUUGUUAAAACUGAUAAGCAGUAACUCACAGUCAACGGGAGUGUCUGAUAUUAUAAAGUAUCUGUGGGAGGACUUCCGGGAGCAAUCUAAUAUGACUUGUAAAAAUAGGGCGGACACGAUCCGGAAAUUCGGGCGACCUAAUGCAGAUAGUAUUGUGCGGCUUGUGAACGGGACUGGCACUUUGCAUCAUCGUCAUAAAGAAUAUUUUCUGUGAUUUUAAUUUGAAUACAAAUGUAUAUGAUAAUAGAUGUGUAUAUGAAAUACAUAUAUAUGCAGUUUUAAAGACAUUUUCUUAGUAAUUCCUGACGAUUUUUUCCUACAAAAUUGUUACUCUGGUGAUUUUUAAUACAACCCGCGGUUGAAAACUUUGCGCGCUUUCAAAAAAUUAUGUUUUUUUGCCAAAUAAAGAGAACAAUGACGGGGCUUUGAGGACCGUUCACUAUUUGGCGAUUGGAUUAAAGUGCAAGUCGGCUGUCAAAAUGGCGAGUCGGCAGGAAAGCAUACAACCAUUCCAUACUUCAUUUUCAGCGAAUAUCAACUGUAAGCAGAUCAACAUGUACAUGUAAUUACAUAUAUACAUUCAACAAGUUUCCACAAAUUUUAUCCCACACAAUAUUGAU